CCGGCGCGCGACCAGCUGAAAUACCUAUCUGCUCCAGCCUAGGACGCAGUGGGCUGCUGGCGAGCUCCGGCCUCGCACCUCCCCGGGUAUCUGUACAACAGGGUCUCGGCAGCAGAUGGUGGCUGCGAGGAGUGAGCGGAAUCACGUGUGCAGACCGCAUGCGCCCGGCGCCAGAUGUGUUCAGCUUUGGAAAAGAUGCCAACCCCAGCCACCACAUAUGAAAGAAUAGUUUACAAAAAUCCCUCUGAGUACCAUUAUAUGAAAGUCUGCCUAGAAUUUCAGGAUCGUGGGGUUGGACUGAAUGCUGCACAGUUCAAACAGCUGCUUAUUUCAGCCUUGAAGGACCUCUUUGGGGAGGCUGAUGCAGCGUUACCCUUGGACGUCCUAACCUAUGAAGAGAAGAACCUGUCAGCCAUCUUGAGGAUAUGUAGCAGUGGUCUUGUCAAGUUGUGGAGCUCUUUGACUCUGUUAGGAUCCUAUAAAGGCAAGAAAUGUGCUUUCAGAGUAAUUCAGGUUUCUCCAUUUCUGCUUGCCUUAUCUGGUAAUAGUAGGGAACUAGUAUUGGAUUGAAUAGUUUUCAAUUGCAGAAACAUUCCU